AUGGAUAAAGAAAAAUAAUAUGAAUUAGUUAUAAUGAAGUUGAAGAUUUGAAAAAACAUUAUUAUUUAACUGUUAGCAGCUAUUGAUAGUAAACUUUUUUGCAAAGUGAUGAAGAUACAAAGCUGAUUUAAAUAGUGUGAAUCCAAGAACAUUAUAAUCCGUUGGCAGCGCAUGUAUUCAGUAGUUAACCACUGACAUUAAGAGUAGCAAUGUUCUCAUAAUUGGUAUGCGACGCAAACCCAAAAAGAAAAAAAACUGUCUUGGAAAUUUUGGCUGUUUAUUAGCUUCACAGUUUGAAAGAAAUCCUUAAAAAAGUGCAUUGUCAAGGAAGUAGGGAAUCAUAAUUAAAGACAGCAGGAUCACUCUCCUCCUUGGUGGUGACGGUCUGUGAAGAAGGCUAGACUAUAUCUGUUCAAUGUAGCAAUCUUCUACUUCUAGAAUAAUGAUGCAAUAUUUUGUUUGUGCUUGUAAAAUAAGAAUCGACGAGUUAAGAGAUUUUUUGACAAAUGAAGAGUUUUUCUAAUUGUAAAAAUUUAGCGACCGUUCCAUGUAUUUGUCGGCUUAUGCUUUCAUUAGAUUGAAAAAGAUUUCACAGCUACGCAAGUCUUCGGUUGAACGCCUUCAAAGCAUUGAUCAACACAAUGUAUCAUCAAACACUCGAGUUGCGCAGUAUUCCUAUGGUAUGCAGUUAUCUGAACAGGAAGUAGCUUUUGAUGACCGAAAGAUGGCUGAUUCAAACAAGGGAAAAGUGUCGGCAUGAUGAAAGAAUCAAUGAAAAGGUCACAGGAAUAAACUAUUAAGUAAAUUUUAGGAUGUAAAAAGCCAUUAAUUACUUCUUCACCUAGGAACCUAUAGCUAUCAAACGGCCGACUUGGAACCUGAAAGCCUAGGAAAGGAUUAUUCAUCGAAGUGUGCAAUAUGUUCAUCUUAGAUUAAAAAUAAUGAUCCGGUUGCUUAUAGGUUAAUCAGUUAUACUGAAAUAGGCAAUGAUAUGAUAAACUAUAUUCAUUCAGAAAGACAAUCUGUUGGUUCCCACGCUUUUGGUUCUUUUUAAUUCGUAUUUUUAAAUAAGAAAGCUUGGCAUAAGGCACGAAAACUUAAGACUUUGAGUUAAAUCUUUGAUAAAUGUAAAAAGCUUCCUAAAACUUAGAAAUAAGUUAGCAUGGGCCAGCUCUGCAGUAACAUGUGUACUAACCCUAUUUGGGCAUUGAUUCUAUAUGAAGAUUCAAACAGUGUAGGAUCAAAUAAAAUCUUCUUAGAUCAAUCAUCUUAUUGCUCAGUUAGAUCAAUUAACAAUUAUGGUUUCAUUAUAACUUGGCUCUGUAUAUCUUUUACUGUAACACGAAAGCCCUAAAACUGAUAACGAGCAAUAGAUAGCAAAAGAAAUAUACACUUUCUUUAUUACAGAAGCAAAAUUCGGGUAUCUAUUCACUCUGAUACAGUAUGUUUGAUCUGCCGUAUCUUUGAAAAAGUUUGCCACCAACUAGCUGUUUCUUGUGAAGAAAAAAUCUUUCCAUCUGACAUGAUGAGAUAAGGAGUGGGUUAAAGAAACAGUAUCAUAUCCUAAUAUAAUCAAGCAAAAGUAGCAACAGCCUUGUAUUUUCCAAACUGCCAAUCAUCAAAGAUAUCGAAUAAUGUAUUUUUGCUUAUAAAAAUAACUUUGUUUUCAAGAAAAAUAAAUCAUUUUUGUAACUGACCACUAGAAUAUUGUUUUUUGAUUAAAUCCCCUUUAUGCUAGAAACACAUUUUGCACCAAAUAAACUCUGAUCCAUAAUCGUGAGAAUUGUUUUCUUUCUUGGACACUAACAGCUGAAGUACGAGAUUUUAUAUGUUAGUGUUAGAUUACACCGAACAUUAGCUAUCUUCCACCGACUAGAACAGCUUUUAUUAUUAUUUUCAGUGAAUCGCUCUUUGUUUUCAAUUUACAUCUUUAUCAAUUUCUAUGAUAAACCUUCUCUCCUAAAACAGUUACUUUGCAUUACUAACGCUAAUUGCCUUGGCUGGUAUUCUUUUUUGCUUAUGAAAAUCAAUUAUCAAUGAUUCUUCUAGUGUUUUUGUUGUCUCUUAAGAGUUGAGAAAUGGUAUUUCUUCUGAAGAACAUGUAGUUCAGUAUGUUAUGUCGAUGUCAUGCUAACCUAGACUGACACGUCUGAGAAAACCACGAGAAGAUGAAAUAUAAACAAAAACAGUGCUUUUAGCUUUAUGCAAAGAUGUUUAAAAAAUUAAAUUGGCGGAUAAUAAAAACAGAAUUUUUAGACAGAAGACCAGGUAAAGUCGUGAUUUUACAAGAUGUUAGUUUGAAUAAACGGCAAACAGUUAGUUGCCUAAUAAAUUUUUUUUGUUUAUUUCACAAUAAGUGGUAAAUAAUCGCAUUAGCGAAUACUUUUUAGUCUGAAAUAUACACCUGCUCAUUUGCUGCUUACGCUACACGUGAUUGUAUUGUCACUAUGUUGAUGAGCUGACAAUAUAAUCGAGCCCAUGAAGUCCGAACCAUUUGAUGAAAGCAACUGGUCAUCCUUGACGAGGAAAUAACAGCAGUGCACACACAGUGACUACUAUGGCAGAUGUAUGGUAUUGAGUUUACAAGAAAAGUUUAAAUAAUGAUGACUAAAGCCUUCUUGCUGUUUUAAAAACGAGGAGCUAUUGUUGCUGCAUGUAGAAAACAACGCAUUCUGCAAUGACCGUGGGAAACAUCACAGCGAAUGUAACAAAUGAAGUCAAAACCAAUUACAUUUGCCUUGGAUUGCAGCACGUUGAAUUUAUAAUGACUGCCUCCGCGAAACUAACUGCAUACUUCAGCAUUUUUCACAGUCUUGGGAUAACUGCUACAGCUCUGAUUGGCAAUGUGAUCAUUCUCUACACAGUACGAAGUUUUACAGAUAUACGAAACUCAAAGAACUUGCUAUUUGCAGCUAUGUCAGUUACAGAUUUUCUCGUCAGCAUAUUUGUCCUACCACUGAACAUAGUUAUACGCACUUUAGAGCUAUCAGACAUUCAUAUUUGUGCGGUCAAGAGAACCCAGUCAUUUGCCUCGUACCUGCUUUGCGGUUGGUCAUUGGUAAAUGUGGCAUUUAUCAGUAUUGACCGUUACAUUGCCACUGCCUAUCCAAUUCAAUACCGCAUCCCAUCAAACAAGCGAACAUUCAUCAAAGCACUUGCCUUUGUUUGGUUGGUGUGGAUAAUCAUUCUCAUUCCUCCUUUCUCUGGUGCUGUUAGCCUUUCAGUGCUAAACUUGCUUUCGGCAGCAUUGAUUUUGUCUUGGUUGUUUAUAGUUGUUGGUUGCUACUUUAAAAUAAUAUGGAUUCUGAGGUUUACCAGAAAGAGGAGACAGAUUCACCAAGCAUCUAAUAGGCCAGUUGUUACUGCCCGACAGCACAGCACAAAAAGUGGGGCGAAGACGAUUUUCACGAUAACAGCCGUGUUCAUAAUUUGCUAUGCUCCUUGGUUUAUCUCUUCGGUCGUUUUGAUCGUUAUCAAGGCAUCUGCUGAAUCGAAGUACAUUGUAGGGAGAGUAGUGGAGCUUUUCCUCUAUAUGAACAGCUCUCUGAACCCAUUCCUCUACUGCUAUAGAAAUUUGAGAUUGAGAUCUGCAAUUACGACAACUAUAGGAAAAAUAUGCAGAAAAAAAGUGAAUGAUGCAUCGAGUUGAAAACACCAGGUCUGUAGUCUGUACAGACCACAGCAGGACCAAUGUAUUCUAUUUUAAAAAAUUGUUUCAAGAGGCUUCUUACAAAGCGCCUAUCGUCAUUUCAUUAGACAACGUAAUUCAUUUCAAAUCGUUAGCCUUUUUUAAGUUAUGAUAGUGUGGUAAUAAGUUUGCAUGUCAUUCCUGUAAGACGAAUAAAGAGUAAUGUCAGUACCCAAAUGAAUUGCAUGUAGAAAAACCUGCAAAGAUCUAUUCAAGCUUAGCUCCAUUUGAUACCGAAUAAUGUAUUAGAUACUUCAAUAAUUAUUAUGGCUCAAUUGGUAGUACGCUGUCUUAGAUUCUAUAAUUAUCUAUAAUUUCAAUACUUUAUACGCAGGAUAGAUAUUGCUUAAAGCACGAAAAACGCGACCCAUUCUACUUUUGAUCUAACUUUCUGAACGAGGUAUCCUAUCUUCAAUUUUAGAUCUCUUACCUCUGUUUCGUAUCAGUCCACAAGUGUGGCUUGAAAACCUCGUUUCAUUUUUAUCAUUAUUAAAGCAUAAUUGGUGCCGAAACCUUCCUUGCUGGUUACACCAAAAUAUAUGUUUUAAUCCUUGCUGAUCAAAGUGACUGUAAUGGUUAGCGAGUGGCACGAUUAGUUUAUCUAUACAGAGAGCUCACUCUAUAACAAUAUAUAUUGUAUGUUUCAUGUAAUUUUCUCUGCUUUAUGAUAUAUACAUUCUCAAAUAUAUAAUUCCAACCAAGAUUGUGCAAAAAACUAUAAUGGUGAUAUGUUUCGGAUUAUUGGCAAAGCCCGAUCGUCAUUCCAUCUAGCAGUUUUGGAAAGAGUCUAUCUACAUAAGCAUGGAAAACCGCUAUUGUGUAGACAGAAGGAGUUCGUUUUCACCUUAGGACCUCAUUGGUAUCAUUCUAAAUUGACAAGCGGCACUGAUUGGGCAACCUCAACAGUCAUGUGCUCGUGUUUCUGAUAAUUCUAUAAUUCUUUAAUACAGUCGUGUUUCGAGAUGUACCUGCAUUCAAUUGUUUUGUAGUUGUUUAAAAUUGUACGUAGGAUUGCUUGAUAAUCAGAAAAAGAAAAUGUUUUGAAAUAAAUCAAGACAGAAAUUUAAAAUAGCUUAGCAACAAGAGAAUAUAUAUGAUGAACAGGACUGAAGCUUGAAGAGUGUGUCAUGCUCUUAAAUAAAGAGAAGCUUUGCCAUCUACAGGUGCCGAAUCGGCGAAAUUUCAAACCUUUAAGCAAAGAAAGAGGAGCUUAUCGACUUCAUCAGCAAAUGUGACUUAAAAGCCCCCCAUUGAGUAAAAGACCUUGAAUUACUGGUCGGACCACAGCUGUCUACAGAAUUUUCAAUUGUUCAUUUAUAGAGCAAGGCAGACAUGUGGAGAAAGACGCGUCAGAGCAUUGUUUAGAAAGAUUCUCUGUUCUGAACCUGCAUCCUUUCAAGUUAGAGAGAAGAAUGCAUUACCAUAUAAUUAUAAGUAACUUCAUUCAAAUUGCCAUCCUUGACUUUUUGACAUAUUCUAACUGACAAAAUUUCUCAACUAACUGACCAGCUCUUCCUUGCUUAUAUUGACUAAUUUGUACCUUUUGAUCAAACUAUUUUAGAAUAUGGCACAUAUUAAAGAGACUGUGAAUAGACCUUAUACAAAAAUAUUAAAGAGACCUUACACAAAAAUAUGUCAAGAAACAAUCAGGUUAUUAUGUGAGACAUCAUAUCAAAAACUUAGCAGUUUUUAUCAUUAUUUGUUUAAAAAUUUCUUUUGGAUUUCAAAAUUCAAUACAGAUCGUUCCAUGCUGCUUAAAGUGCAAUAAAAAGAAGUGUAAUUUAUAUAGUCAUUAAAUGAUAUCUCGAUUUUGCGUUUUGUUUGUUGUAAGCAUAGGUAGUGAUUUCUUUCUCAGUGUCAACAAAGGCUUCAUUUCCAAGUCAAUUAUUUUAACGCUUUAAUCUAAUAUUCUAUGAAGUCGACUACCUUGCUCGGCUGUGUUUCUUAACAUCGCUAUUGUUUGGUUUAAAUCUUCGUAGAUUCGUAAAUCUAUGAAACAUUUAAAAGUAGAAUAAUGAGUAAACAGUUUUCUUUAUUGUUGCACAUCUUUUGUAUUCUACCUUGCCUAUCUACAGCUGUAAGUCUAUCAUUAUUAUUAAUUGAAUUUAUAGCUUUUAUCCCACAUUGAUAAUCACAAAGGUGACUAACUAUUUAUCAAGCUAUUAUACAUCGAUAUCCAAUUCAGGGGCAGUGCCAUCAGCAAUUUUAAGGGUUGGGCGCCUCAUUCAAGCAUCCUGAAUUGGCAUUUGAAAGUCUUGAAAGUUUUUAAGUAGCAAUUUUGUUAAAACCUUGCUGUUAAUUCAAAAGAAACUUGACUAAACCAUCAAAUAUCAACUUUCUGUUAAAAUAGCUGUGGCAGAAUCUCACACAGGCCUUGGCGUUACUUGAAGCCAGAAAACAUAAACGUUUUACGGCAAAUAGUUCGGAAAUAGGGCAUCGCAUGGCUUAGUAAAUCAAACAAAUUUUCGAAAACUUAUCUUUGACAAUUACACUAGGGUAUAUUCAAAAUAUUUUGUAUGAUAUUUUACGGUAGAGUGUUUGGUGACCAGCAGCAUCCAAUUUUUA